UACAUCAUUAAUGUUCUACGAAGCACGCUGUUCACCACUGUAUUUUGUUCCCAAGGGCGUGAACACCGGCCUGUGGAUAAAACGUCUGGUGUUAUCCAUUGUAGCGGCUCUGUAUUUCUGUUACUUCGUCGCUGUUCUGGCAAUACAUACAACGGCUGAGGAGGGGCGGUACUGGUGCAACGGCGACGGCCUCCUCAUCAUCAUCACCUUCCUGGUCCUCGUCGGCCUCUUCUACUUCCAGAUCCUCAAGCCCUACUUCGGCAGAACCAUCUACAAGAACGUCCUCAAGCCAGUUGGAAUCCUCUUCGAAAAUGCUUGGCGCUUUAGAGUGUUGCGUCUCGGGGUGUACGUGGGCCUCCUUCUGAUCGUGUUAGUGUUCCUCCUCGUGGACGCCAGGCACGAGCCGCAUCGCCUCGUCUCGCUGUUCGGACUCUUUGUGCUCCUUCUCCUCGGCUUCGUCUUCUCCAAGGCGCCGCGCAAGGUGAGAUGGCGCCACGUGGCCUGGGGAAUGGGGCUGCAGUUCCUUCUGGGAAUCAUCAUCCUGCGAUGGACGGUGGGGAAGGCCGUGUUCGAAUGCGCGGGCGACAAGGUGUCCGCCUUCCUCGCCUUCACGGACAAGGGCUCUGGCUUCGUUUUCGGCGACUUGGUGACUAAGCAGUUCGUUUUCGCAUUUAAGGUAUUGUCCGUGAUCCUGUUCUUCAGCUUCUGCAUCCAGAUCCUGUACUACUGGGGCGUCAUGCAGUGGGUCGUCAUCAAGUUAGGCUGGGUCCUGCAGGUCACCGUCGGCACCACCGCCUGCGAGAGUGUCAACGCCGCUGCCAACAUCUUCCUCGGCCAGACCGAAGCCCCUCUGCUAAUCAAGCCUUACCUGUCGCUCAUGACCGAGUCGGAGCUGCACGCUGUCAUGACGGGCGGCUUCGCUACCAUCGCCGGCUCCGUCCUGGCCGCCUACAUCUCCUUCGGCGUCGACCCCGCCCACCUCCUGUCCGCCUCCGUUAUGAGCGCCCCCGCCGCCCUCGCCUUCUCCAAGCUCUUCUAUCCUGAGACGAAGGUGUCGAGAACGGGCGUCAAGGACAUCAAAAUCGAAAGAGGAGAGGAGACCAACUGGCUGCACGCCGCCAUGAUCGGCGUGACCAACGCCAUCCCACUCGUGGCCAACAUCGCCGCCAACCUCAUCGCCUUCUACGCAUUCAUCGCCUUCUGCAACGGCGUCUUCGACUGGACCUGCACGCUGGCUGGGGCACAGGAGGGCACGUGUUCACUGGAGGUAAGUCUUGGCAGAGGGUUUAUGGUCCCUGUUCGGGUGGAUCUUCAUGCCCUGGCACGGGUGAUGGGCGUGGAUUGGGCAGAGUGCGAGAAAGUGGGCGAACUGAUCGGCAUCAAGUCCAUGGCGAACGAGUUCCUAGCGUACCAGAGGCUCUCCGAAAUGAAGAAGAACGGCGAUCUGUCGAGACGCGCCGAGAUCAUCGCCACGUACGCCCUGUGCGGCUUCAGCAACCUCAGCUCCAUCGGUAUCAACCUGGGCGGCUUCAGCGCUAUGGCCCCCGACAGGAAGGCCGACCUCGCCAAGGUCGUCGUGAGGGCCAUGAUUGCCGGAAGCGCGGCCUGCUUCCUCACUGCCUGCGUGGCCGGCACUCUGCUGAGCGACAAUGCGCAGGGCGGCGCUGCGGCGGCCAUCAACGGAACUCAAGCGGCGUUCACCUAGUUCGACCGUUGUUGGGUCUGCUUUAACGUGGAAAAGCUGGUGUGUUAUAGUAGGCAUCGUAGCGGCGUCUUCAGUGCUAGCAAUACUUGUACAGAGGAUGGUAUUUAUAUGAAUAUUGUUUGUGGUGCUAUGAAAAAAUGCACUAAGUAUCUCUGCAGAGUUUUUGCAGAAUCUUUGCAGUAUUAAGUUAGGUAUAAACAAUAAACGAGAAAGGUCUUAGGACGUUUUGGACGCCAUUUUAUGACUGUGCCAAGUUGCCAACAGAGGGAUUUACAAGAUUGCUAGCUCAGUAUGAAAGAGAAAUGAAUGUAUUUUUUUUUCAAAUGAGUUUUAAACAGUAUUGUAAUUAGGCACAGAACAUUUUUUAAUCUGAUUUUCACAUACAGCCUGUCAACAUGUGGAAUGUAGUAUAGAAAUGCACCUUUUUUUAAUAUUUCGUCCUUGUUAAGUUUGGAAAAAGUUUAGGUUUGUACAUAUGUAUAUCUUUUCAUAAGAAAAGCAUAUAUCAGUAUUUCCACAAGUGCAGAAAUGUUUGCGCUCAAUUUUGUAUAUUCCAAUUUCACAUAUUCCAAUCCAUACAUUCCAUUAAUUUUAAAGUUUAUUCUUGUACAUCGAAUAUUUUUUUUGCAUAUAAUCAAGUAUAUGUUUUAGAUCAGUGGUUCUUAGCCAGUGGAUCGCGAGGCCUCGAUAGAAAAAAAUGUUGAAGGCCAGUUAACUAGGCGUUUGCCAGUGUCCAUAUUAAGAAUAUACUAUUAAACCAUGUCUUCAAGGAAUAUAAUAUUAGGUGGAUAAGGACUGCUGGAUAUUUUUUCUCUUCGCCUAAAAAUAUGCAAUUAAAAGGUUGUGAACCAUUAUUUUUUUAUAAUACGUCUUGUAAAUAUGUUGAGACUAUGAAUCUUCAUUUUGGAAUAAAUCUUUUAUGAUACGUGAUAUAAUGUGUAUAUAUAUUACAGAUGUAUAUUCAAGAGAAUAUAUGUAUAUGAUUUAAUUUAUAUUGCCUUUAUUAUGGUCGUUCCAUUAGAGGUUGUUAUUUCAAGAAUUAAUUGGAUUACGUGCCAGUUUUCUAUUUUUUCUUUUCUUUUAUUUAUUUAUUUUUAUUGUCAGUCUCUAAUCCUCAGUUCUUUAUUGAUACAUCCGUCCGUAUGUACAUCUGUGUAUGUAUGAUAUAUAGUGUACUUUAUAGUGUACUGUAUAAACGCAUGUUCCAUAGCACGGAAUACAAUAGGUACGCAACGUCAACUACAAUUGUCGUUGUUGUUUUUUUUAGAAAUUUACAUAUCAUUACAAAUGCUCAAGUGUACAAGCCUUUGACGGUAAUACAUUUUACGAAUAUUUGUAAAUUGUACAU